ACCCCAGAGCAGGCUGCCGGCAGUAUCAUGGCCACCCGGAAACCCCCUCCCCAAGAGUGUGAAAGUGAUGACAACUCUUACGAAGUGUUGGAUUUAACUGAGUAUGCAAGAAGACACCACUGGUGGAAUCGAGUGUUUGGCCACAGUUCGGGACCUAUGGUAGAAAAAUAUUCAGUAGCUACCCAGAUUGUAAUGGGUGGCGUGACUGGCUGGUGUGCGGGAUUUUUGUUCCAGAAAGUUGGAAAACUUGCAGCAACCGCAGUGGGUGGUGGCUUUCUUCUCCUUCAGAUUGCCAGUCACAGUGGCUAUGUGCAGAUUGACUGGAAGAGAGUCGAAAAAGAUGUAAACAAAGCGAAAAAACAGAUUAAGAAACGAGCAAAUAAAGCAGCACCUGAAAUCAACAAUGUAGUUGAAGAAGCAACAGAAUUUAUCAAACAGAACAUUGUGAUAUCCAGUGGAUUUGUGGGAGGCUUUUUGCUAGGCCUUGCAUCUUAAGGACAUGAAUGUUCUACCAUAGUGGAUUCAAUGUGAGAAGAGAAGUGGUGGCUACAAGGUGGUCUGUCAACAGCAUAGACCACUAGAGUCUCCAGGGCAAGGAAGAACAACUGGCUGGACAAUACUGAACUCACAACUUAGCAUUUUGCCAUCUGAAGCUUGGCAAACUAGUAUUUGCUGUCAACCUAUAUGGUAUGCAAACAAUAGUAU